AUGGAAUUCUACACCGAAUGGCCCCAGUUGGGUGCGAUUCUGAUACUUUCGUUCCUCGUAUCCAUAUUCCUGAUCUACCGGGUGUUCCUAUCGCCCUUAUCCAAAGUUCCGGCGGCACAUCCCCUAGCUCCUAUUACUGGGGCCUGGAUCAAAUGGCACAGAUGGCGUGGCACCUCUUACGAAGCCAUAGCGGCAGCCUUUGAACGAUGCGGUCCGUAUAUUCGUCUUGGGCCUUCUGAAAUUGCGACCAACUGCAAAGAAGGGUUUGACAGCGCUUAUGGAGUUGGCAAGAGGAAUUUCGACAAGGCAUCUGUCUAUGACUAUUUUGUGCAUUUUGGAACUCCGGCUGUGUUUACUUCGAAGAUGGCCAACCAACAUAGCCUUAUUAGAGGUCGGAUGGCGUCCGUAUAUACAAAGACACAUGUACAGUCUUGUCCUCAUACGCGAGCUAUACUUAAGACUGUGUUAUUGGAGCGAUUGAUACCAUUAUUCGACCAAGCAUCGCAGACCGUCUCUGGGGCCGUGGAUGUCCUCCCACUGUCCUAUGCAUAUGCGUUCGACUUCUUGUCCGCCUUUGUAUUUGGGCUGCCAGAAGGGGAUAGACUACUUGAGGACCUAGAGAAUAGGGAAGAAAAGCUUAGCCUAUACUACACCGUCUUCAUGUCGAAUGCCCCGAUCCUGUUGGGUGAAUUCAAAUGGAUCACUAGGGUAUUAAUAACCUUUGGAGUUCAUUUGCUUCCAAAGGACCUUUCACAACUGAGACAGCGUAGUGAGGAUUGGACAAGCCAGAAGGUGAAGCGGGUUGAGCAGAGAAUCCAGGCGCACUAUGCUCAGGGUGAGCCAUGGGAGCUAGGGAACCUCCCUAUCCUCUAUAGUGCUCUUAGGAGCAGCGUUGCUAGAGAAGCUGGUGUUGAGGAGACGUUUACUCCUAAGGGCAAACAAUUGUUGGAGCUAACCAGCGAAUGCCUCGAUCAAAAAAAUGCUCACUUCUACGUUUUAGCCAUGGUAUUGACAUACCUACUCUAUCAGCUUUCUCGUCACCCUACCCAUCAGGAUGAGCUUCAUCGCGAACUUUGCUCUUUACCAAGUCCGUUCUACUUGGAUACAAAUGAAAAGUGGUCACAACAUGGGCUACCAUCUGCAGGAGACCUACAGCGUCUACCAUUCUUAAAUGCGAUUAUCCAGGAAGGCCUCAGGUUACGAAAUACUCCCCCCGGGAUGGAUUCUCGGGUAACGCCUCAGCAACGUCUAUCUGACUUUGGCCCAUAUAAAAAUCUGCCACCUGGUAUUCGUGUCGGUGCUUAUGUCCACCUAAUUCAUCGUAGCAAUGAAUAUUUCCAUGACCCUCUUGCCUGGGACCCCUACCGUUGGCUCACCAAGAACGGUCAGGGCCAAUCCAUGGGAGCCAAAAGACAAGUCCUUCUCGCCUUUAGUGGUGGUAGUAGGACAUGUAUUGGCCAGCACCUUGCGCUGGAAUUGAUCCGAAAUGCUAUAGCGGCCGUGUACACAAACUAUAGAACCACGGUUUAUGAUGAAAGGGAAUACCCCGGGGACAAAGGAUUCCUAAGCGGUGAUCUGAAAAAAGAAAAGCUCUGGAUACGGUUCCAAAGGAUAGUACCACGAAGUGAUGAAUAA